AUGGAUAAAUUGGCAGGAACUGAGAAAGCUUUUAGCAGUCUUAGAGUUGGAAAUAAUCAAGCUUCUGGAGCUAACAAAAGUUCUCAGGGAAAGCAAAAUAAAAAAUGGCAAGGACAGAACAAAAAGGGCUCAAAUUGGUCUCAAGGUGGAAACUUUAAAAACAAUAAUGGCUCAAAUUGGAAUAAUGGCUCUGGAGGGAAUUGGAACAACAGUUUCAAUUCACAAAACAAGCAAGGAAGUAGCAGUCAAGGAGGUGUGAAACCACAGUGCCAAGUCUGUCAGAAGUUUCAUUUUGGUGUGUGCAGGCACAAAGACAAACCUAGAUGUGGAAAAUGCAAUAGGUUUGGUCAUUUAACUAAGGACUGUGACAAUGGCAAACAAGUUGCAAACUGUGCAAAGGAGGAAGAGGUAACCACAGGAACAAUGUUCUAUGCUUGUCAUGCAAGUUCAAUUGCAUCAAUCAAGUCUGUGUGGUUUGUUGACAGUGCUUGCAGCAACCACAUGACCUCUCAAGAGUCCUUGUUGAUCAAUCUUGAUAGAUCAGUGAUCUGCAAAGUGAAAAUGGGUACUGGUGAUCUUGUUCAAGCCACAGGAAAAGGGACACUUGUAGUUGAGACAAGAAAAGGGAGAAGAUAUAUAAAUGAGGUACUGUUAGUCCCUGGUCUAGAUGAGAAUUUGUUGAGUAUAGGACAAAUGAUGGAGCAUGGGUACUACAUUCUAUUUGGAGGAAACUAUGCAUUAAUAUGUGAUGACAGCAGUCUUGACAAUGUUAUUGCCAAAGUAGCAAUGGCUGGAAAUAGAUGCUUUCCAUUAUCUAUGGAAUCUAUCUGCUCAAUGGGAAUGAAAGCAGCAGUAUAA